AUGGUCUUGUGGCCUGAGAACGGUCUUGGACGUGGUUCUACAGCCAUCUGGUUCGAGAUUUGCUUGCAGCAGCGCUGUUACGACUUGGGUGCGGCGCGGUUUCGGACGACGAUUGAGUACUUUAUCACAUCAGUUGGACCCAUCAAGAGAGUGGAAAUCUCCUACGGACCCAACUCCGUCAGUCGCGGAAUCGCGAACAUUACCUUCCGCGAGCCGGAUGGCGCUAGCAAGGCCUUCCAGAAGCUGAACGGUCUUCUCGUGGACAACCGCCCCAUCAAGAUUGAGAUUGUUGUCGGUGCUUCUCAAGCAGCCAACGUCAUUCCGCCCACCAAGAAGUCGCUUGCUGAGCGCACUACUCAGCCCAAGGCUCAGCCCAAGUCUGCUGCCAAUGACAAGCGUAACAACGCGAAUGCCAAUGCCAAUGCCAGCAAGGGCGCUGCUGCGCCCGGUGCUCGUGGCAAGAAGCCGCAACGCCGCGCACGCACUGGCCGCCCCGCGAAGAAGACCGCGGAGGAGUUGGACUCGGAGAUGGCUGACUACUUCGAGUCUGGUGCCAACCCUGCCGGCGAGAACGCUGCUGCUGCUGCGGCUCCAGCUCCGGCUGCCGCCAACGGCGACGCCCCGAUGGAGGAUGAGAUCAUGUAA